AUGCUUACAAACAACAUCAAGUACUAUGAGGCACUUGCCAUUUGGAAGACUGAAAUAUUUGGACAACACCGUUUCACAUACCUUGGGAAAGAUAAAAGCCAUAUCGAGUACAUUAAAACCACCUACAACAAUUUUCUUGCGAACGUGGAGAACAACAUGCGUAAAACUCCCACUCGGCAUCCAUCUCCACCACUGGCAGCUCUUCCAGUCACUGAGAUUGGCACGCAGUACCUUCCCCAACAGGCGAUUCAACAAGCUCUAUCAUGA